AAUCCCCGUACUUCAAAUUCACACGCCUCGUUAGAACCGAACCAGGAACCUGAAACAGACAUGGAAGACGAAGACAGAGUGCAUAACACAGAGUCGUCAUCCCAGAAGAACAAGACGGUGAUAAAGAUACCGUCUUUCCAAGAAGUUAUAGAGAGCUCGCAGUCAAAAUCAACCCCACCUUCUCUGUUUGCUCCCUCCAAAACCUUUUCUCAAGCUUUCGCCUUUGUCAAAUCUUCUGAGUUUUACUCUCCCCCAAAACCCGCAGAAACCUCUAACUCAAGGGAAACUGGGCAAUUUGAUGUUCCAUCGUCAUCUGCUCCUACCAAUGCUGUUGCUUCUUCAUCAUCUGCGCAGCGUCGCAAUGCGAUUCUUGUCAGCAACAGACAGAAGGGAAACCCCUUGCUCAAACAUAUCAGAAAUGUGAGGUGGGAAUUUGCAGAUAUUGUUUGUGACUACUUACUCGGGCAAAGCUCAUGUGCUCUCUAUCUAAGUCUUCGUUAUCAUCUGCUGCAUCCAGACUAUCUAUAUUACCGCAUUAGGGAAUUGCAAAAGAACUACAAGCUUCGGGUCGUACUUUGCCAUGUUGAUGUGGAGGAUGUAGUUAAGCCGUUACUUGAAGUGACUAAAACUGCCAUGCUCCAUGAGUGUACCCUAUUAUGUGCUUGGAGCUUGGAGGAAUGUGGACGCUACUUGGAGACUAUAAAAGUCUAUGAAAACAAACCUGCUGACAUUAUUCAAGGUCAAAUGGACACAGACUAUUUAUCACGGCUAAAUCAUGCAUUAACAACUGUUCGACAUGUUAACAAGACUGAUGUUGUCACCCUUGGAACUACUUUUGGGUCUCUUUCUCAUGUCAUGGAUGCUUCGAUGGAAGAUCUAGCUCGUUGCCCUGGCAUAGGAGAGCGCAAGGUAAAAUGUCUGUAUGACACAUUCCAUGAACCAUUUAAGCGUGUGGUUGCCAGCCGCCCUGCUGUUUCAGAAUCUUCUCCGCCGGACAAUGCUGAACCUUGUUCAGUGACUGAAGAUAAAGAAACAAAGGAUACCAAAGAAGAAAGCAAAUGCAGGAAGAAAGAACCAGAACCAACUGUUAAGUCUGCCCUGUCUGCUGCUUUUGCCAAAUAUGCUGACAGAGUUAAAAAGAAGUCACCACAGUUGAAGAAUGGAGAUACAAGUGUUGCCAUGGAAGCUGAAGCUGAAAAGUAAGUCGUAAUGAAUUGGGUCUAAACUUCAGAUUGAUAUAUGGGAAGGACAUGGGUAGCUUCUCGUAUAUCUGAAGUUUAUCUCCAGUUAAGUUUCUGUAUCCCCGUUCUUAGGUGGUUUUAGAAAUGUAAAUGUGUAUGGAUCACUGUCCUGUUUAUAUCAAUCUUGAGAACUUUAUCUCUUCCACUUCUGCAAUGCAGAACUUACUUGAGGUGAUAGUGCAGCUUCUGAUGAGCCUACUUGUUGUUGCACUUCUAAUGAACAAAUGAACAAUAUAUAUGCUAUAAACAAUAUUAAGUUUGGCUUGAAUAUUGGAGAAGAA